AGAAAAUGAAAAUAAACAGAGUGGGUUACCUUAUCCAAGCAAGCGUGUUUCCAUCCCAACAACACAUUACGAUACGAUGAUAGUUUGUUUAUCGUCCACACUCCUGACUUCAAUUUCACUGUCACUACAACUCCUCCGUCAAUUAAUCUAAAACAAACAAUAACAAUGGCUUCAACGUUUCAUCUCUCAACACCUUUCUCUCAAAUCCAUCCUCUCAAACCCAAAUUCCAUUCCACCAAUCCCACUCUUUUUCACUUCCCAAAACUCAAAAUCAAACACUCUCAUCCUCAUCCUAAAAAGUUCACCAUAAACUCCGUCGACAUUUCAAAUGAAGAAGACACAUCAGAGUCAGAAAAACCCGAUUCAGAAAAGCGUCGUUUGGAAGAAAAAUUUGCUGUUUUGAAUACAGGAAUCUUUGAAUGUCGUUCUUGUGGUUACAAAUAUGAUGAAGGUGUUGGUGACCCUUCAUAUCCAAUUCCACCUGGUUUUCAGUUUGAGAAACUUCCUGAUGAUUGGAGAUGUCCCACUUGUGGUGCUGCAACAAGUUUCUUUGAAAGUAAAAGUGUUGAAAUUGCUGGUUUUGCUCAGAAUCAACAAUAUGGUCUUGGUGGAAAUUCUUUAACUUCUGGACAGAAAACUGUGCUUAUUUAUGGUACUUUGUUGUUUUUCUUUGCACUUUUUCUCAGUGGCUAUUUCAUACAAUAGAGUUCUAUUAUUAUUCUCAUUUCUCAAUUUUUGUUGGAUAAUUGUUGCUGUAAUUUUUUUGUUUAUAUUUAAAAUUGGAAUGAGUAUAAGAUACUAAUGUCCAAUCAAUGUUUUGUUGGUGACAUUGUGAAAGUAUGAGGAUUAACAAUCAUCUUACAAAUAAUUACAUGUUUAAAGAAUUAA